CACCACCUUAUCUGAAUUCGCCUUGAUACCAUGAUUAAAUCGUCAUAAAAAAAAACGACAAAUCUGGCAACUGUGUGAGUGCACCCUGAAUGUGUUUUGAUACUAAAUUUAACAUCCUUGGGGAUUGAACUAAAGAGAAAUAAAACAAACAGAUAAAUAAUUUACCAAAAUGGAAAAAUACAAUGAAAAAAUUGAGUUAUUAGAAAAGGAGGAACUAGAGAUGCCCACGUCGGAAGUAAAUUUGUACAUUAAACUUACGGCAUAUUACUUGGUGCAAAAUAAACUAUUUGAUGCCAAAUUUCUUUGGAGUCGUAUUCCGAUGAAUUUUAAAGCUGAAACUAUUGAGUUGCAAAGAUUGAACGAGUUACAAAAAAGCCUUACCUCCAAUAAUCUUGCGGAAGUCUUAAUAAAUAUAAGUAAAACUGAAUGGUCAGACGAAAUCAAAGGUGUGAUGGAUGAUCUAAAAGAAAUUACAAUGGAAAACAUUUUCCGGUUGAUCGGAAAUUCAUACACCUCAAUUUUGGAUGAAACUCUAGUCGCAUUAACAAAUCUUCAUGAAGACCAAUUUAAGCAGAAAUGCAUGGACCUUGAUUGGACUGUUGAAAAUUGUGAUCAACAAUUAGUUAUACAUCCAAAGAAACCUGCAUCAAUUGCAAAUAAUAAUGCCGACUCGGAAUAUCAAUUAUCUAAGUUGACGGAAUUUGUAUCUUUCUUAGAAAAUUAAGAUUUUUUAAAUUAAACUUAAUUCAUGUAUAAAUUCUUUUCAUUUCUUUUGUAAUUCUAAAUACACAGCGUUUUGAAGUAAA